GGGACCGCCUUUACUUAGACAAUUAUGGCUGGUAUUUGGACCAAUAGGAGUAAUCCUACUUCUAUUAGAACAAUGAGAAAGGAAAUUAUGCGUUCUGGUGUGUGGGGAAAUAAACCUUCAGAAGGAAGUUUUUGUACCAUUACCAUAACCAACAGUCCUCUACUGGAAGAAUAUACCAAUUCUGUGACGGUUUUAGGUGACAAUGAUGGUGAAUUAUGGAGGGCUUUGGAUUUUUGUUUGAGUACUAUGAACGUUGGGGAAAAAUCAUUAUUUUCCCUGGAUUUGAACGGGAGCACUAUAUCUUUGGUUAUAGAACUGACAAAAUUAGAUUUCAAGGGAUUUAUUUUUCAAUGGAGUGCUUCUGAAAAGUACGCUCUUUCAGUGCAUCACAAAGAAAAAGGCAAUUGUUUCUUCAAGUCUAAUAAUACCAAGGAGGCUGCUUUUAGGUACUCCAAGGCUCUGAAAAUUAUUUGUUCCAUUCCUAUAGAUGUAGAACAAACGCCCAAUGAAGUGGAUGGUGUUCCAAUCAGUAAUAUCAGUAGUCUGAAAAGUAUUUUGUACAAUAAUCUGGCUUCAUGUUACUUGAGGGUUGAAAACUGGGGCAGGGUUUAUGACUUGUCCAAUAAAGUUUUGGAAUAUGAUUCCUGCAACAUUAAAGCUCUUUAUAAAAUGGGUGUGGCGUGUGAAAAAGAAAGAGACUUUGAAAAAGCAUAUAAGAUACUUAGAAAUGUAAGUCAGAUGGAUCCUGGGAAUAAAGCUUGCAAUGAACAUUUAUCUAUCAUUAAAGAAGAAAUUAGAAAUGAGAACAUUAAAGUUAAUAUUAUGACAAAGCGAAUGUUCAGCAAAUAGUUUGAGAAUGCCUUGAAUAUUUGGGUUAAUACAUUUGAUAGCUUUUUUUCUCAAAAAGAAAAAUUAAAUUUCUCCAAAGUAAAUUUGUGUUGAUUAUUUGUCAUUGUUUAACACUGUAGAAGAAAAAUUUUUUGGCUUGAUUGAAAUUUGAACCUAUCUAUUUUUAGGGCUCGUUUCUUUAAAGAUCAUCAAUACGAACAGCUACUUUUUAACUUAAAAAAGUUUGGUAUGAAUGGCCUUAUGAAAGUUAUACCAAUACUGAUUUUCAAUUAAAAAUAUUCAUAGUUAUCUGUAUUUCAUUGGAGUUUAAGUAAAAUUAGAACUAUAUAUGGCUUUAUUGGAGGGAAUCAAUAAUCUUAUGAUUUUCUAAAUAAAUGAGUUUUAAUUUUUUUCUGAAUCUCCAGUAUUACAAUUACAGAUGGUAUGUAUAUAUAUAUAAUGUCAAUCCUUCCACAUCAAUUAAUUUUAUAAUAAUAGUAAAGUCCUUGUUUUCAAAUGCUUGAAUGUUGUUCAAAAAGUUAAGGUUGGAAGUACCGUCAUUUUACAUUUCACAGAGAACUGAAAUAUUCACUUUUCCUUGUAGUUAGGCUAUAAGAAUUGUUUGACAGGUUAUGAAUAAAUUACUUGAUGCACUCUACUGGAAAUAUUAUAAAAUCCUUGUUAUGAAAUCCUAGUAUUUAUUGUUGAAAAGAUGUGGUUUAAUUUUUUUUUUACAUUUUAGUGAAAACUAAUUUCGUCAUAAUUAAAUUAUAGGAAUUGUUUGACAAGCUACACAGAAGUUAAUUUCUGACAUGUUGUUAAACAUUAUUUGUGACUGCGAUUUUUAUUUGUGAUAUUUUGUUGUGACUAAUUGUAUGUUUAUUGAAUAAAAAUAUUUUAUAACAUGA